AUGGAUCCUACGCCUACAGACGCGCCACCCUCCUACGACGAGGUCGCAGGAUCUUCAAGUUCUUCGAACAGACCUGCGAACACAAACACGAACACCUCCAUUCCACACAAAGCACGCAAUGGCAUUCCACCACAGACCCGCCGCAGCAUGGAAGACGAAGGCCGGCCUCUGCCUUACGGCUGGAUCAGACAGUACGACCCGCAAAACCACCACCAAUUUUUCGUCGACACGAACGUCGAGCCACCACGAUCAAUCUGGUGCCAUCCUUAUGACGACGAACAAUACAUGAAUAGCCUAGACUCAAAAGAGAGACAAAAGAUCAAGGGUUCUCUCAGAGUCCCAAGCCAGGCCGAUAUUGCAGCAGAAAGCAGCGAUGACGACGGCGACCACCAUCACCACUCCAAGCAGGCCGGUAUCGGCACCGCAGAACUUCCACCCCGUGAUCCCAAUCCACCUACCGGCGUCACUAAGUUCGGUCGCAAGAUGAAGGACAAGAUGACGCACACAACCCACGAGCAGCGAGAGCAAGAACGGGCCCAGCGCGCAGAGGAGGAGCGACGAGCUUAUCAGCGCCAUCAGGAGUUGCGGCAGGCAAUGUCGAGGGCUGCACAGACUGGAGAGCCGCAGCAUGUUGGCAAGGGGAAGGAUGGGAAGGAUAUCUACAUCGAGCCUCCACAGGGCAUGGGGCCGCCGCGGGGAGGCUAUGGAUAUAAUCCGUACACGCAAGGGCCGUAUGCCAACCCCAAUGCUACGUUCGUCAGGCCGCAGUACCCAUACUCAAGACCAUAUGGUACAGGUUAUGGUGGCGGAUAUGGUCUGCCGUUAGCUGGUGGACUGAUGGGGGGUAUGCUUCUCGGAGACAUGAUGAUGGGCGGAAUGGGUGGAGGGAUGGGCGGAAUGGGUGGAGGAAUGUUCUGA